CGCUUCAGUGACGGUAGUGACUCACUUUACCGUCUGCAGUGCGUCAUCGCCGGUGUUCGGUGAUGCAUCAUCAAACGCGUCGGUUCUCCCGGUAAAAGCGCGUGUUCGGGAAUCUCCAUCACCACCAUCAUCACCAAGGGCUCGGCGGAUUCGCAUCUACACAACUCCAGCUGUCUCUGGAUCCAGCAGGUGAACAGAUCCUCGAUGGCGGACCCGGACCCGGCCCUGCGGUCUCCGCGAUCAGCACCGCUGUCUCUUCAGUUCCCCUUCAGAUCCGCACUCCCUCCCAAGGAGUUACCAAGCCCGCUGCCCACCAAACGAACUCGCACGUACUCUGCGACAGUGCGAGCGAACGCUGGGCCUGUCUUUAAGGGUGUGUGUAAAGACUUCUCUCGCUCUCAGGGUCACGGCUUCAUCAAACCGGCUCAUGGAGGAGACGACAUCUUCUUUCACAUCUCAGAUAUUGAAGGCGAGUAUGUUCCCGUGGAGGGAGACGAGGUCACCUAUAAAGUCUGUCUGAUUCCACCCAAGAACGUGAAGGUGCAGGCGGUGGAGGUGACCAUCACACACCUGAAGGCCGGAGCCAAACACGAGACCUGGUCGGGUCAGAUCAUCAGCACGUAGAAGAGCAGAGCAUCAUAACGCCUCAAGACUGAACAUCUAAAGGAGACGAGCCGCCGUUUACACCCCAAACACACACUUCAGCCAAACACACACUGCUUCAGGUCCUGCUGGAGUCUGUUUUUCGGUGUAAAGACUGGUCUGCAGGUGGAGAGACCAGGCGGAUGGAGAAAUGAUGAACCGUGAAGGAAGAUAACGCUACAGUACAGGCUGGUUUCAGCUCUUAUGUUUAUUUAUAUUAUUAUUUUUGAUAAUUCUACGUUAGAUUGAUGUUAAUGACGAAUCGCACUAAACAUGCCAUCUAAUUUACACGCAGAGUCAUGUUCAUCCUCCAAUCAAACUUAAUCAUGUAAUUUUCAGUUUAUUUAAUGAGCAGGUCAUGUGGGUUUCGAUAAAUAUCUUAUUUGCAGUUUGUAAAGUUACUUAAAGCAACUCAUUUGCAUAAACCACGAGAUACAAUGAAAUGGGCGUUUUAUUUCUGAUAUGAAACGACCAAUCAAAACAGACUUGGCCAGCCGACCAAUCAGAGCAGAGCUGGCUUAUGGAAAGGGGAGGGGCUUACAUAUCUAAAGCCUCAAAUUUAUUCAAAUGAACCAAAUCAUAUUCUAAAAUCAAACAAAAUAAAAUGGUUUAUGUUGAUCAAUUUUAGUAUAUAUUAAACAGCAGGUCAUGUGGGUUUUCGAUAAAUAUUGUAGUUGCAGUUUGUAACGUCGCUGUCCUUUUCUGAUCCUUAAUGUAAACAUAAUCAAAGUAACUAAUUUGCAUAAACCCCUCCUCCCAUGACAUACAAACCAUAAAAUGGCCGUUUUGUUUCUAAUACAGAAAGACCAAUUUAAAAAAACCUGGCUAGCUGACCAAUCAAAGCAGAGCUGGCUUAUCGAAGGGGGAGGGGCUUACUGAUCUGAAGCCUAGAACUGAUUUAAACGAACCAAAAUCAAAUUCAUCCUGAUUUUUUUUUCAAAUAAAAAAAAAAGGUUAUGUUAAUAAUUUUUAUCAAAUUUUGGGUUUUCGAUAAAUAUCGUAUUUGCUGUUUUUAACGUCACGGUCCUUCAAUGUAAACAUAUUGUCUCUCGAAAGAAAGCCUAUCGUAAAUCACAGAAAUUAUUGCCUGCUACUGAUUUAUGUUAACUAGUGGUGGCUGUUUCCAAAACAUCGCUACACAAACUUUUACGAAUCAUGAUAUUAGGGGCUUUGUUGCAUUAUUACAAUUUUAAAAAUUAAAAAAAACUAACUUCUAUACUACCAGCAUAUGCAUAUUAUCAUAAAUUACACAUAAAUCAUGUGGGUUCAAUUAGAUCACCCCCUAGUGGCCAAUCACUGAACAACAUUUAUAGUUUUUAUCUGAUCUCAGAUCGUUUUAAUUUUUAAAAAUUGGUAAAAUUUCAUAUUAUGCAGAUAACAUUUAAUGCUAUUAACUGAUUAACUAAUUGCGUUUAAUACAUUAUACUUUAAGUUAAACGUUGGAAAUUUGUUUGGAAAGGCAAAUGUUUAGCAUGGUUUGCUUGAGUUUUUUUUGGUCAGAUUUACAGUUUUAACCAGCAGGUGGCAGUAGCAGGUGGUGUUUUAAAUGCAUCGAAACAUUGAAUCUUUUUGUGAAGCAAUUGAUUCAGUUGAUUCAACGCUUUGAAACUCUGAAAUUGGCUUUUCAUUACUGAUAUGGAAAGACCAAUUAAAACAGGCUUUGUCCGCUGACCAAUCAGAGCUGGCUUAUGAAAGGGGAGGGGCUUACAGACCUGAAGCUGAGAAUUGAUUAAAACGAACAGAAUUGAAAUCAGUGCAGAAUGAUUCUAAUAUUAAAAUCAUGUUCUGAAAUGAUGUUUUCUGAUCUUAGAUGCGCUUAUAUCUGUUGUAGGAGCCUCAACACAAUAAUAGGAUGCUAUAAAGUACACAUGACCUGCUCUUUAAGCUCAUUUUAGUUUGAUGGUUUUCAUUCAAGUUUAUUUUUAUUAUGCAAAAUCUAAAAUAUUUCUUAUUUGAUGUGAGGGUGAGAUGCGAGUCUGACAGGUCCAUGACUGCUAUAAAUGCUGCAACUGAAGCAUCACAGACUAAUUUUGCACUUGAUAAACUGAUUAAAAAAAAAACAGAUACGAACUGCCAAACUGACUUUAUCUCUCAGAAUCCUUGGGAAUCUAUCAGGGUAAAAUACGCAACAUUUUGUAGAUGAGCUGAAUAAUAAUAACAGCAGCAGGCUAGCAGGAGCACUUACACACAGCACAUGCUAAAGAUCUCUGUAUGUUUGUGGCAUUUAUUAGUUCAGAGAAACUGUGAUGUUGAUACAUUGUUGCGUUGUUAUUAUUAUGGAAGGAAGUUGGGGCCAAAAAUGAAAUGAAACGUGAUUUUUUUCUUUUGUUUAUAAACAGCAACACGUGUAUGUUUACAGACCACUGCAAUAUACUAUUCACAAAAUAAACAUGACGUCAAAAGUCUGUAUCCAUAUAUCCCAACGUACCAUUGAAUCAUAUUUGCAAAUAUAGUUUCAAAUCAAGAGAUUUCAUUGGCUAAAAUUUCAUUUUGAUUAGAUCGGGUGCCUGUACCAUGAUGGUGGUUCAACAAACUCAGAAUUACAGAUUUUAAAGACACUGGGGUUGUGUCUUUAUUUUAACUUUGGUCACAUUUGACUGGUGAAAUUACAGUUUUGAAUCUCUAAACCAGAAUAUAACCUGAACACAUCUAGAGUGUAACAUAACCUAAACAUAUCCUGAACAUUAGCCUGAAAACAACCUGAACAUAUCUAAAACAUAACCUAAACAUAACAUGAACACAUCCAGAACAUAGCCUGAACAUAACCUGAACAUAUAUAAAACAUUGCCUGAAAGUAACUUAAACAUAUCUAGAACAUAUCCAGAACUUAGCUUGUAAACAGCUAAAACAUAACCUGACCAUAUCCAGGACAUAACCAGAACAUAUAUAAAACUUGAACUGAAAAUAACCAGAACAUACUUUAAAUAUACUCUGAACAUAUUCAGAACAUAUCUCUUAAACAAAAAAAAUAACCAAAACAUAACCUAAACAAAUAUAAAACAAUACCUGAAAGUAACAAACAUAUCUAGAACAUAUCCAGAACUGAAAAUAGCUAAAACAUAACCUAAACAUAUCCAGAACAUAAUGCGAAAAUAACCAGAACAUAUCUAAAACUCAAACUGAAAAUAACCAGAACAUACUUUAAAUAUAUCCAAAACAUAACCUAAAAGUAACCAGAAAAUAACCUAAACAUAACAUAACAUAACACUAACAAAUCCAGAACAUAGCCUGAACAUAUAUAAAACAUUACCUGGAAAUAACUUAAACAUAUCUAGAGAACAUACCCAGAACUCAGCUUGAAAAUACAUAAAACAUAUCCAGAACAUAUCUAAAACUAAAAUGAAAAUAACCAGAACCUACCUUAUAUAGAUCCUGAACAUAUCCAGGACAUAUCUAAAACAUAACCUGAAAAUACCCAGAACAUAACCUAAACAUAACUCGAACAAAUCCAGAACAUAGUCUGAACAUAUAUAAAAAAAUUACCUGAAAGUAACUUAAACAUAUCUAGAGAACAUAUCCAGAACUUAGCCUGAAAACAGCUAACAUAACUUGAACAUAACCUGAAAAUAACCAGAACAUAUCUAAAACUUAAACUGAAAAUAACCAGAACAUAACCUAAACAUAACACUAACAAAUCCAGAACAUAUAUAAAUCAUUACCUGAAAGUAACCUAAACAUAUCUAGAGCAUAUCCAGAACAGAAAAUGGCUAAAACAUAACAUGAACAUAGCCUGAACAAAAUGAGAGCAUAUUUAGAACAUAUCCAGAACUUAACCUGCCUUAAAGCAGGUUAGCGGUGCAGUGAAAAAUAUCAAGGUGCCCAAGACCAAGCUUCAAUCCAGCUUCAUGGUACAGGCUAAAAAUGUUCAAGUGCUUUAUUUUUGACACCAAUUGCCUUCCAUACUAUGCUUAGUCAUAUGAUCUUGUUGCAUGUUCUUUAGUUUGUAUUAUGAGUGAUUGUCAGAUAUCUUCACAUUAUACCUGAUGCUUCUGUGCCCUUGUAAGGGUGUAAAACUGAUGUCUUAUUUUUAUGUUCAGCACUUUUCAGAGCUCAGAUCACUGUGGUCAAUGUCUCUUUCAUGUGAACUUGAUGAACUAAUAAAAUGAAUUUAUGAUUUGCA